CUCUAUUCUAGCUUUUCCGUCGCGUUUGUCCCCCACUGCCCCCUUCCUCGCCCCACAAACACAACAAAGAUUCCUGACCAGAUAUCAAAUCCGACCUUUCAACACCAUGCGUGCUGCUGCCCCCUUCACCACUAUGCUAGCCUUCCUCGCGGUUGGCUCCUACCUACCUCUAUUCGUCGCAUGCAAUGACUUGCAGAAGCCCGACAUUGUCCAACAUCGCAACACCGACACUCACGGCGCUCAUUCUCGAGCGGUCAAGGUCGAGAUCGGCCGUUGCCAUAGUAAGCCUGGCUGCACCAAUUACGCCAAGGGCGUCGCAGGCAUCACCUCAGGCAACAAUGACGUAGGCUCCUGCGUCAGCUACUCGACUGAUUACGGAGGUAUCAAAGUGUGCGCUCAGAAGGGAUGCUCUCAAGGGUGCAAAACCGUCAAUUUCAAGGCUGAAGACUGCCUCAGCUUGCCGGGCACCGACACGGUGCAAUGCGUUGUGCUUGGCAGCGGCUCGAUCAAUGUCGAUGAGAAGAUCGACCUGAUCGGUCGCCAGUCCCCUCAAGUCGGUGUCCACCAUGAUCAAGCUAAGAAACGUACCUUCGCGUCAGGCGCAACGCUCGACACCACCAUCGACGCCCGUGUUUCUCGUUUUGCGCACGCCGUCAUGACACCCAAGGUACGCACAGCUCAGCUCGGCCGUGAGCAGGCCGAGGUCCGCGCUUCACAAGUCAAGAUGGGAUCCUGCUGGCAGGAUUACCGUUGCGACGGCAACGGCACCGCUAGCAACGGCACGGACCUUUCGGGCGCGGCAAGCGGCAACAAUGAUAUUGGCUACUGCGUCGGCUUCAAAGCUGGUUUCGCGGGCAAACGACUGUGCACAAACUCAGGAUGUACCGGUACUUGCGUCGAUCGCAAGUUCAACGCGGGAGAUUGUGUACAUUUCUCAUCGGGCGCGGGUAUCGGUUGCGUCGUCCUGGGAAGCUCGAGCUCUCGACGAUCUCAAGACGACCUCGAAGGGAAGGUCGAAACGGGGCGCAGUGUCCAGACUCCCGAACCGCAGCAGAGGGCUGCCGGCGAGGGAAGUAAACGAGCCUUUCCCGUAGCCGCACGCACAAUUGAAGGUCUUGGACCCCCAGACAACAACGGCGGCGAUGCUGCACCUCAUCAAAACCACUCUCUAGUUCAGGAUGUUACGUUAGGAGAAUGUCACGAGUCGUACCACUGCAACGGUAACCACUCGUCCGUCACGGGUCCGCCCAACGGGGGCAAGAAUGUAGGACCUUGCAAGAGCUUCGCACCAGCCAUUGUAGGUCAGGAGUGGUGUGAUACCGCAGGUUGUACUGGAAAGUGCACAUUUGGCAAUUUCAGUCGUGGUAAUUGCCUUGGCUUCGGUGAGGAGACGUGAGCUGGUGUACAUCCUCAUGAAGGACGCGCUAACCGCCUUCCGUCGCGUCGCGCCUUCGCCUGCAGACAACCUAGCCAGUGUCGCUUGCGUCGUCUUCGGUCGCCCCGGCUCUCCACUCAUCCGUCGCACUAUCGACCUCAGUGGAGCUCUCGAGGCCAGAGACAGCGAUCAGACCGCUACCACCGAGCUAAAGGAGGGUAGAGCUAUCCGUGACGCCGACGCUGGGCCCGUCACGAGCGGCGCGGCUCUUUCCGAACAGCGGAGCCUCAGCCACGACACUGCCGAGUCCACCCAAGACUCCCUCAAGCUCGAGUAGGUCUGCCUG